UACUAUUGACAGUGUUUACUAUAGGUUAUUGAUUCUAAGAUUGAUACACGGAUCGGAAGUUUGCAGUCAUUUUUUACACCGUUUUCUUUCAUUCUGGAAAUUAAUUGUAUCAUUGACAAUGGGAAAAUGUACAUUUGCACUUGGACAUUCAUCUCCGCAGAUUGUAAUCCUGAAACGUUAUUUAUUAGUUUAACUGGUUUUAAUGCACUGGACUGAAAUUAGCCUAGCAGUUUUACAAAGGAAAUUGGAAAUAAGUCAGAAAUAUAUUUUUUUCACCCAAAGAUAAUUCUGUGAUCUAAUUGCCUUAAAUGAGAUUGGACUAAUUACAGUGCGGUAAUAGCUGACAAAAUAUUGAUUCCGUAAAACCAACUAUAAAAAUAUCAAGGAUAUAUUGAAAACAUGAGACACAGUAACAAAACAGUGUGACAGUUGAUCAGUCAUUGAAGCAGUCAUGGAUUUUAAAGAUACACAGUGGUCAAACGCUAUGGAGGUAAAAUUUCAUAAAUUUAUAUUUGUUUGAUUAUCAAAUUAUGAACAUCUUUAAACGAGCACGUUCAGGAUCUCCAUCCUUAGAAGUACCAAAAAUUUGUUUACCAAGACAAAAACGGACCACAUCUAUUGAUGAACCGAAAGAUAUAAAAUGUUUGGAGGUUCCUGGACUGGAACAGAGGGGACGGUCCUCAAGUUUUGAUUCGGCUAGCUUACAUAAGGAGAAAGACUGUUUAGCUGUUCCUAAACCAGGGCGGCGCUGUCAGUCUUUCGAUUCAUGUAAUGCAGGCGGUGAUCGUUCUUGGAGUACAUCGUCGGAUGAGAAUCUUUCCGAUCCUGGAAUUAAAGAAAGAAGGAGGAAAAGCUUUAAAUUAAGUAGGUAUCAAAAACAUAGACCUUCGAUAGAAAUUCCAAAAUUAUGUGUACAUUGUGUAUAUGUUGAACAAGCUUAUAAAGACAGUUUAGAAGAGAUAGAAAAACAUACACAUAGUAAAUUUUACCUUGGGAACGAAGCUGACGAAAAUUUGUUUUCCUCAAGUGGAAGUUUUAGCUCGUCAGAUGAAGAUUUUUCAGAUAGCUCAUAUGAAUCAGAAACUGAUACAGAAGAAACUGAAAAUAGUGAAUAUAUUAGUGAACAAACAAAGACAAAUGGACAGAAUGCAAAAACGGAGAUUUGCUCAAAUGAAAAUACAUUUUCAAAAUCAGAAAAUUUAUAUUUCGCAGAUGAUGACUUUAUAGAAUUAAAUCCUACAGGAAAUGAUUCAAGUAUAGAUAAUUCAACCGAAGGAGAUUAUACCAACGCGCUCACUUUACAAGUACCCGUGAUCAAACAACAACGAUCCACGUCCUUCGAUGGAUGUUUAUGUAAAGGCUCAACUUCAGACAAAGUGUCAAAUACAACUCGGACAAUGGUCAAAAGACAAGCUUCCUUUGAUGAAGAUUCUUUAGACAGUUCAAAGCAAAUCCGAUCAAGUUCUGUCGAUGUUAAUCUGCCGACUGAGGAGGAAUCUCGUUACAAAGCAAUUCAGACUUCUCCUGGUCAUGCAAAAGCCAUAUCAAAGAAUACACAGAACCAUGCCAAUCUCUUACAUCCUAGCCAUGCAGAACAUGGAUACAGAAAACGAGAGCUACGAUCCACCGUGGAUUGGUCGGAGCAAGCUAUUAACAGUGAACAUAUGUGGGUUGAGACCAAUGCCUCUGGGGACUAUUGCUAUGCAAUGGAGCCUGAUUGUAUGAAAACGGGUCAAAGAAAGAAAUGUGUUGCAUGUAAAAUAGUUGCUCAUCAGGGCUGUAUAGCAGUUUUAGAAAAGAAGAAUCUACGUUGCAAACCUACAUUCCGUGAAGCAGGUGUCCGAAAUUACAGAGAGGAAAAUAGUUUAACAGAAUGUAGUAACACGCAAACUUUUAUGCGACACCAUUGGGUCCAUAGGAGAAGACAAGAAGGAAAGUGUAAACAGUGUGGGAAAUCAUUCCAGCAAAGAUUUGCCUUCCAAAGUAAGGAAAUCAUUGCAAUCAGUUGUUCGUGGUGUAAAGCUGCCUACCAUAACAAGACAUCAUGUUUUAUGAUGCAACAAAUAGAGGAGCAGUGCAGUCUGGGGCCACAUCAAAGUAUUAUUGUGCCACCAUCGUGGAUUAUUAAACUACCAAAGAAAGGGUCUUUCAAAUCUUCUUUACGGAAGAAACGACGAUCUUCUAUAAAGAAGAAAAAAGCAAAAGAAGAACACAGACCAUUUAUUAUCAAGCCAAUCCCUUCACCGCUACUCAAACCUCUUCUUGUUUUCAUUAAUCCUAAAAGUGGGGGUAACCAAGGGGCAAAACUCUUACAUAAGUUUUGUUGGUGGUUAAACCCUCGACAGGUGUUUGAUUUAAGUCAAGGUGGACCAAGAUUUGGUCUCGAGAUGUACAAAAAAGUGCCUAAUUUACAUAUACUGGCAUGUGGAGGAGAUGGUACCGUUGGUUGGAUCUUAUCUGUGAUAGACAGUUUGGGGAUACAUCCUGCUCCCCCUGUCGCUAUUAUGCCUCUCGGUACUGGAAAUGAUCUCUCUAGAACCCUUAACUGGGGCGGGGGAUAUACUGAUGAACCUAUAUCAAAGAUUCUAAACUAUGUUGAAGAGGGCCAAGUUGUACAGUUAGAUAGAUGGGAUAUACAAUCAUGUCCGUAUGAGGACGGAGAGACUGAUAGUAUAAACAAUAGUGAAGAAAGUCUAUCAGAGAAACUUCCAUUAGAUAUAUUCAACAAUUAUUUUAGUUUAGGUGCUGAUGCACAAGUAGCUUUAGAAUUCCAUGAAUCGAGAGAAGCAAAUCCAGAAAAAUUUAACAGUAGAUUUUGGAAUAAAAUGUUCUAUGCAGGGGCUGGGGGUAAAGAUUUUCUGAAACGAAGUUGUAAAAAUAUAGCUGAUAGUUUACAGUUAAUUUGUGAUGGUAAAGAUUAUACUUCUAAAGUCCAGGAGUUAAAAAUUAUUUGUUUGUUAUUUCUAAACAUUCCAAGAUAUUCCAGUGGAACAACACCAUGGGGAAACCCCAAUGCAAUAGGUUAUGAUCCACAAAGACAUGAUGAUGGACAAAUGGAGGUGAUUGGAUUUACUUACUCCUCCCUUGCCACUUUAUACAUGGGAGGACACGGAGACAGGAUAUGCCAAUGUAGUCAUGUGAAAUUGAUUACAAAGAAAUCUAUAGCAAUGCAGGUUGAUGGGGAACCUUGUCGACUGAAAUCAUCUGUUAUACAGGUCAAAAUGAAAGGUCAAGGCAACAUGAUCAUGAAACCCAAGCGACGAGGAUCCAUGCCGAUAGCAAACGAUCCUGAAUUGGCUUUUUUCAGUCCACCCUCCAUGCCAGAAAGGUUGAGGAUACAAGUGAGUCGUAUCAGUAUGGCAGAUUAUGAAAUGCUACAUUACGACAAAGACAAGUUACGCGAGGCUUAUAAUAUGGCAGACAAAGUGCGAAAAGAAAAAAAAGCUGUACCACUUGGUCUGAUAGUAGUGGAUAAUAAUGCCGACUUAGAACAGGUUCGACAGAUUAUCAACAAAUUACAUCAGAGUGAUUCCGAUGAAACAUUUACAGUUAAUAAACUUUCUCCAAAAUGGUGCUUUCUAGACUCUACAACAGCUGAAAGAUUUUUCCGUAUUGACCGAGCACAGGAACAUUUACAUUAUAUAACAGACAUUUCCUCGGAAGAUUUGUACAUUCUUGAUCCGGAUUUACAAAGUCAACGAGGCAAUACAUUAGUGUCGACAUCAUCAGAGGCCUUUACACCGUCAGACAUUGUGACACCAUCUUCCGACAAACUUUGUUGUGUUGAAAAUAAUUUCAGUAAAGAUAAGGAUUUAGUGUUCACGUUUUCCAUGCCAGUUACGCCACCAAAGUCACCUGGAAUCUCUGAUGUUAGGAUAUCAUAUGAGGGACAAAACUCACUAACUGUCCCUGGGAGUACAAACGGCAGGUCACCCACAGCUAUUUAUAGACCAGAGAGUAAAGAAAACCUUCUGAUGCCUCCCCCACCUGGUGCUGACAACAGUUACUACAUAUCAGAAUCAUUUUCCACAAGAACUCGAAGGGUUCAUUUUCAAGACUAUCCAUGUUUCCCACUUCUGUGUUCAGAGCCUGGUUCCCCUGUUUUACCUCCCUCUGGGAAACAGGACCAGUUUCUGAGUGUGGCCCAUGCUACAGCAGUACCCAGGAACAAGAGGAUGUCUCAAGAGGACAAAGCUUUGAUUGAUGCAUCAAAAAGGGGAGACUUGCCAAAAAUAGUAGACUUGUUUGUGAAUCAAGAUGCUAAUUUAUUGGCAACAGAUCAGUACGGCAUGACAGCAUUACACCAUGCAGCCAGAUUUGGUCACAAGUCCAUUGUGAAAUAUCUGAUAGAGAAUGCACAACCUGUCAUUCUAGAUAUGGUGGACUUUGAAAAGGGACAAACAGCCCUGCAUAAAGCAGCAUGGUACCAGAGAAGAACUAUAUGUUACAUGUUGGUAGAAGCUAAAGCCUCAUUGACCAAAACAGAUUAUCAGGGAAAUACUCCACGAAUGCAAGCUUUAAGAGCAGAUGAUAAAGACCUGGCAGCUUAUCUCCAAAGUCAAGAACAUUUUCAACUGGUUGUGUCAGAAGAUCAAGAGACUGCUGUUUAACAGCAGCCAAAGGGAGACAAAUCCUCCCUGACAAUUCCUAAACAAAUGGCUCAAAGAGUUGAUUCCAUAGCAACAGAAUUUGUGAUGUUUUGUUUCUAUAAUACUUUUAACAGUGACAGAUGAUUUACAAUUGUUACAUUCUGAAAUGUUCUGUCUAAAAUUCACUGUACUGUAUAUGUGUUUUGUUGCCCAGCAACAUUUCUAGACCAUUAAAGUUCUCUCAUGGUAAACAAAAAAAAUGAAAUGAUACUGAAUUAAGAAAUUGAAAUUGCACACAUAAAAUAAUUCUCAAAAUAUAUUAAAAAAAUGUAAAAGAAGGCUUUUCUCAUCAAACUCAUUGCACAAUAAUUGGUAAUAUAUGAAAAUAGGAUAAUUUCAAUUUCUGAAGUAAACAUCUUUUUUGUUGAUAAUAUGACAUUCAUUGUGUUCCUCAUGUAGACAAUCUAUCUUUUUGUGUUAACCUCACUCUCAGUAAUAGGAAUUAGCCAAAGGGAGACAACUCCUCUACACAAUUCAUUAUAGAAAAGUUUGAAGAAUUAAUCCUUCUGGAAGUUUGCUGAUACCUCAGAUUAUAAGUUACCCUAAAAUCAGUGAGAAUUUUUUAUCAGUUUUUCCAUAUUUUGAAAGUUUAAUUUGACAAAUUAUGUCAAAUACAAUGUACUUGGAUAACAAAUAGUUAAGAGUGUCUAAGUAAGGCAAACCGACUGUUUUGAAUGUCCCUUGAGCAAAAAAAAUAUUUACAGUGUUCAAGUUAUGCAAAUAAACAGUUCAAAAAGUGUUUAUUAGGCAAACAAAGCGUUUAGAGUGUCCAAGUUAGGCAAACAAAGAGUUAAGAGUGUAUAAGUUGGAUUGACAAAGAGUUUAGAGUGUAUGUUAGGCAAAAAAAGUUUAAAAGGUACAGGUAAGACAAAAAAAGAGUUUAGAGUGUCCAUGUUAGGCAAACAAAGUGUUUAGAUUGUCCAAGUUAGGCAAACAAAGUGUUUAGAUUGUCCAAGUUAGGCAAACAAAGAGUUUAGAUUGUCCACGUUAGGCAAACAAAGAGUUUAGAUUGUCCAAGUUAGGCAAACAAAGAGUUUUGAUUGUCCAAGUUAGGCAAAAAAGAGUUUAAAUUGUCCAAGUUAGGCAAACAAAGAGUUUUGAUUGUCCAAGUUGGGCAAACAAAGAGUUUAAUUUGUCCAAGUUAGGCAAAUAAAGAGUUUAAAUUGUCCAAGUUAGUCAAACGAAGAGUUAAGAUUGCCCAAGUUUUUUUAUCACUACAUCCCUUAUACUGUUGUAUCAUUAUGUGAAUAGGAUCUUAUGGUAUGUGGACCAAAGCAAAUGGCAAUUUUGUAGAGUUUCUUCUUAUUUUCUAUUAAUGCAAAAAUUAUAAUAGUGCAUGCAACAGUUCCAAGGCGUAAAAGUUACAAAGCAGUGCCAUUGUAUGAUAAACUACGAAAACACCUUGAUUUUUAUAUGCAAUAACAUGUAGUUUUAGGAUUCUAUAGUAGAAAUUAUUUUUCAUGUUGGUUUGUGAUAUUAGAUUAAAUAAUCAUUUAAGGUGGUACCUAACACUACAGGGAGAUAACUCUGUAAAAUCAGCUGAACGUUUUAAUUACGUUGCGUUGUUAAGAGAAUAUUCAGCUUCUCAAUUAUCAAAACUAGUGUUUGUCAAACUGCUAUAUAACCAGUGCAAUUUUUCUGAUAAAAUGGUUGGUUCAAAUUUUUUGAAAUUUUUAUAUUUUUGUCAAAGGGUCAAAGUAAAUACUUUGUCAAAACUUUAUGAAAAUUAAAGGAGCCAAAUUGAUUUUAGUGAAAGUGUUAGGUACCACCUUAAACUACAACAUCCAUAAAUGAGUUAAUUGGAAAAUUUUGAAUUGAGAAUUUUCUUCUCCAAAUUUUUAAAUGGCAUCGUAUGAUGAGGCCAUUUUUUGUGAUAGAUCAUAAUUUCAAUUUUUAGAAAAAUGUGUUCACCACACAAGAAAUAUUUCUGUAACUCUGUGCACACAGAGUUUUAGUACAUUUAUGUUUUUAUAUUUGUUAUUAAUUUAAAUUUAAUUUAAAAAGUUUAAUCAAUGAUUUGAAAUGAAUUGCUUGAUAAUUUGUGGUGUUCUUUAAAAAUAGAUUUAAUAUUGUGACCUUCGAACUCCUGAUUUUCUACCAUUUGUAGAGUUUAAAAUCUCAAUGAGCCUUUUUAACAUGUUUUAUAUGUGUUCCAGCAUUGUUGCAAUGUUUCCCUUAAAUGCAGUGUUGUGAUAUAGAUUUUCAGAUUGAAAAAUGUUAUUAUUAUGAAAUGUAAAUCUUUGUGUAUAUUUCAUAAAUUUUAUAUAAAAAUCAGAUGGCGAUUAUUAAUGGGAAUAUUUCCAUUUCUUUUAUUUUGGUAAUUUUAAGUUAAUUAUAUUUUCAAAUUCUUUGAAAACUUGAUGCAAUUUUUGUUUUCUCGAUAUAAUGUUUCUUGUAUUAAAGUUGAGCUACAUUUUCUUUUCAUUGGAAAACCAAUGUAGUGGUAUUGCAUAUAUAUAUUUGUGUUUUAAGGUGCACUUUUUAUACCUAAAAAGUACAAAAUUUGAGUUUGAUUAUCAUAUCUAGAUUCUAGAUUAUAUAUGAAUUAUUUAUUUAAGUAGCACAAAUAUGUAAAUUAUUAAUAUAUUUAACUUGUUAUCUUAAUUAAUAAUGUAACUAAUUCACAAAAUAAACAUUGAAUAAUUAUCAGAAUGAGAUAGGCAAUGGGUAUAUCAGAUUGAGGCAUUGAAGAACUAUCAUAAUGAGACCAGAAGUGUCAGAAUGAGACAUAAUUAUUUGAAUGACAGUAAAUAAAAUAUCAGAAUGAAGCAAUUUAUAAUUAUCAAAGUGAGGCAGUUAAUAUAACUUACAGAAUGAGGCGGUUAAAGUUUUGAAAAAAACAGGUUUAUUAAUUCGUUUAAUCUCAUUUACAAAGUAUCUUUGACCAUUUCUGUAAAAAGGUGAAAAAAAGAUUUUCAAAAAGGAUUAUAAUUUUUUUUUUUAAAUUACAAGAAAAAAUCCUUUUUCCUUAAAUGCAAAUAUAUAUUUCACUGCUAGUUUUUGGCUUCACCAAGAUUAUUGUGUAAAUCAUGUAUGAAAGAUACCAAAAAGGUAGAAAAUUGCCCAGUAAUAGAUGCUUCAAUGAGUCAUUUAUGCAGAUCAGUUAUUAAUGCCUCUAUUACCUCUUUAGUGAUUUAAUUUUGUAUAAUAAAUAUCCAAAGAACAAGUUGAGUUGUAUAGAAUAUAAAUGUUGAAUCAUUGAACGGUUAUUAAAAGGUUCCCCAAAGUGAGUUUUACAGAAAAGCAAUGUUGAAUCAUUAAAUAGUUAGAAAUGGGUCUCAUUGGGUUCUUAGCGUGACGCAGGAUUGCUGAAUUUUUGUAAGCAUGACACGUGAAAGUCAAAUUUUUGUGCGUUGAAAACGAGAAAUGAAGUCUAGCAGGACACGGGAAAUAACAAAAAAAUAAGAAAUUGCUUACGUACAUAGUGUAAGCAGGAUACGGGAAUCUGACAAAACAGUAAGUGGGAUCCAGGAUCAGAACCCCCCCCCCCCCCCCCCCCCCAAUGAGACCCCCUUAGAAGGUGCCCCAUUCUUUAAAUUUACAAUGUUUAUUAGUAGUGAAUUCCCAUGUAAGUGUAUUACACUUUAUAUUUACUCCAUUCUUUUUUCAUGUUGGUUUCAUUAAUGUAGUUGCCUCCAUUUUCUUAUAUGUAUCUCCCUUUAGUGAGCAGCAUCAAGCAGGGCUUGAUGUUUUCUCUAUUUAUGGGUAUGUCAUUCAUAUUGAAAACUUUCAAUUGAUAUUUUGAAAUUUCAUUUGAGACUGUAUCUGCCAAUCUAUCACUUUUAAUCCACAUUUUCUUUCUGGACAUUUUUUGAAAAAAAAUUAGAUGAAAUGGUACUAAAUCCUGUAUAUAACUGAAAUCAAAUUUAUUUUUUAUCUCACAGGCAUUAAGAUAAGUAAUUGUUUUUAGACUUUUCAAAGGUAUAUAUGAAUGUAGUACAAGUAAAUUUCUUGCCGAUACAUGUGUAAGGAUAUCUUGUUCUAACAAUAACAAAAGGUUGGCAGAUAAAGGCAAUUAUUUAUAAAUAUUUUGAUCGCAUUUAGUGUUUUCCUUGUAAUUUGUCAGGAAAGAGCUUAUCAUUAUAUGUAUUGACCUUUGUAUUGAAAAAAAAAAAAGUGGUCAAGUUAUAUUAGAAAUGACAAUUACCAAGUUUUUUUUAAGUGGGAAUAAAUUCUAGUUCCAAAAAAAAACUGUACAGGCUUACAUACUUUGUUUUGGAUUAUCCCUUUUGUUUAUGGUGGCUGAUAAAAUGUAUUCUUAUUACCUUUUAUCAUGGAAAGAUUUCCUAUUGACUGUUUUUUUGACAAAUUUUGUCUAUUUUUAUAUCAUUUUCUAAUGUCACCUGUUCCUUUUGUUGUCUGUAAAAGGAAAGACAUUUUUCUAUGGUAGUAAUUGUGUCUGAUUGGAGAAAAUGAAAGCUGUUUGUUAUCAUGAAUGUUUUUUUCUACUAAAAUUGAGCACAAUUUAUUUUAUUUAAAUUUAAUAAACUGGAUAAAAAGUUA